AGCAGCGUUGCGCUUGAAGUUCACAAAUGGGUCUGAACUAUGCGCAUGCGCAUCACUCAGUUGCGUCGUGAACAGGUCGCUCCGGUAAAGCGCCACUUGGCGGCGUAGAAUAAACAGGAAAGAUAUAGACCAUGAAUAUUUUAUUAUCAAGAAUCGUUCGAGUAAUCUUUAUUGCCAGGUUUAACGGCCGCUAGCGCGAGCACUAGAAUAACCUGAACGCAGGAUAGUGGUUUAAUUCAUGAGCCGUUUCUCUGUUCUCUGGUUUUGCAGUAAUGGUUUCGAGCCUCAUGCUUUAGAUCGUCUUGUAUUUGGCCAUUAGUGGCUUGAUAAUCUCUGGCCGCAUUAGCGAGGAAGAUGAGCGCUACGGCGGGGCUGUGCGUUCCCGGGACAUCAUGCGCGAGUCCCGCUGAUGCGUCCGGGCUGCUACGCCUGACUUCAGUACCUGGUUAUGACCAAACACGCGUGAAUGAUGUGUUGCUAUUAACACCCCUCACUGGAACCCAGAAAGGAUGUAACAACGAGUACGAGAAUUUGAGGAAUGGCAAUGCUCACGUAGUCUUCUUUCCCGGGGACAUUCAGAACUUCCAGCAGGAAAUGGCCCUCCAGCCUGAUGCUGCCCCAUGGCAGUCCUGGAAUCUGGAGUGUGUGGCUCUCACCCUGGGCCACCGGUUCCCUGGCUGCCAUAUCUGGGUCAUCCGUGCUUCCAGCAUGUACCUGCACAAGUUCAGCUGCUAUCAGAACUUUGUAGAGAGCAACUUAUUUGGAGCACCAGAACACACUCCAGACUAUGGAGCCAUUCGCCACCUGAGGGCACUCCUAGGUCACGGCAUGGAGAAGGCUGGCCUCCUGAAUCCUUUACCCCCUCUUAGUGGUACAUCCACUCCUGCCCCUCUCCCUCCUGAUUUUACUCUGACCCUAGUGGGCUUCAGUAAGGGAUGUGUUGUUCUCAAUCAGAUAGUGUAUGAGCUGGCUGGAGCUCGAGCAGACCCAGAACUGAUGCAGUUUCUGGACAGUGUCUCAGAUAUGUACUGGCUGGACGGAGGGCACCCAGGUGGUAGUGAGACAUGGGUGACUGAUAAGUGUGCCCUGAGUGAGCUGGCAUCUUCUGGGGUGGCUGUCCAUGCCCACGUUACUCCUUAUGAGGUAAGGGAUCCGAUGAGGGUAUGGGUCGGAUGUGAGCACAGGCGCUUUAUAAAGACACUAGAGGAUCUGGGUGCCCGUCUAAGCCAGAAACUACACUUUGAGGAUGAGCCGGCAUCCAUUGAGAAUCACUUCCGGGUGAUUCAGGAGUUUUGACUGUUCUCGGUCUAUGAAGUCUUAACAUGGAAUAUAUUCUUUGCAGAGUAGAUGGCUUUUUAUUGCACAUAGAUAUCAGUUAGUCAAGCACUUUGAGUCUCCAGGUGUUUGGAGAAUAGUUGUAUGCUGCCUUCUCAUUUUCAUGAAUAGGUGGAAAUAUUGAAGCCGAAUGACCAAACUUGUCAAACAUUUCGCUGCCUAGCAAUUAUGCCUUAUUGUUUGGCUAUUGCGUCGAACUAUACACUCUUAUAUAAUAGCUUACUUGUUUUACAUGACUUGUUCAAAUCAUACAAACCAUCACCUCCGCAUGUUAUAAUGGCUCUUCCCCAGCAUUGAAAGGAAAGAAGUUCCUAAUUGUUAUGUAUGGAUACUCUUGCAAAGCUUUGUCUUAUUUCUUAAGGAGCCUUGCUUCCCUACUAAGACAUAUUAUCUAAGAUCAGUACAUUUCUUAAAGCUAUUUUGAUGUAAAUAUUUUUUGGCAUGCAAAUCCACUUAAAAGUCAAAAGUCAUGUUACUGCCUAAACUGUAGGCUUUAAUGAGUAUCCAACCAGAUAUGAUAACAUUGGUUUAUAAUCACAAAUGUGGGCUAUCAGCUAACAGUGUCUCUGAUGAUCUUCCACUGGAAUAGAUUGUUUUUGGUUUUUUAAUUUAUCACAUCGGUUGCAUUUCCAUAAUUUCACAAUAUGUAAAUUUGCUUUGUACCUAGAGGACUAAUAGAUAACUAUUCUCUAGGUGGCGCACUUUAUCUGUCUUGAAUUUCUCACAUAAAUAUGAAUAUGUGGAUUUUGCAUGGAAACUCCUCAUUGCGAUUAAUGUACUUCACGCUUCAUAGUCAUUCCAUACGUUUCCAUGCUGAUGUAAAUAAAGUGUUUAAAUGUU